AAAAGAGAAUAAUAGGAGAGAACAAAAGUUGCUCAAAAAAAAAAAAAGAGAGAACAAAAAAAAAAACUUCGUUUUCUUCAAAACUGAUGAAAGAUUUCAAUUUUUUUUAAAAAAAAUUCAACGCAGAACGAAACUUCCUCGCUAGUGCUCUUCUACUAGCAUCUGAGAUCUAAAGGACUUCCAUGGACUACUAUAUUACUACUCCAUCUCUUGAAACCGCCACUUGACUUCUCCUUUCUCUUCACCAGAUCACAACAAGAAGAGGAAGAAUACUAGAGAAAACCCUCAAAGUCAGUUUCUUAUCAGAGGAUCUGGUUUCUUGCUACUUCUCUGUCUGACCCCUCCGUUGCCUGUGCAAGGUUGCAUCAGAACCAGACGCUGUUUUGUUUAUUCCAUGUUCCGGUAGCACGGCACGGAGGGUAUGAGUCAUUCUAAAGUCCCAACUCUUAUUCAAGCACAUGUUGAAAUGGGGUCGGUUGAUGAAGCUGAGCACAAAAGCCAAGAUGCCAACAAGCAAACUAAAGAAGCUUCUUUGAUGGAGCAAGGUUCGCUUUCUCCAAGUUUCCCUCAACACACCACCACUAAGUCACCAAAGAACACCGUCCCUAAGAGCAUCAAGAUCGUUAUCUUUUCUAACAAACUCAAUCUGUUACUACCUUUCGGUCCUCUAGCUAUAUUGGUCCACUACUUGAUAGACAGUAAGGGGUGGGUGUUUUUACUAAGCUUAAUAGGUAUUACACCAUUGGCUGAGCGUCUAGGAUAUGCCACAGAGCAACUAGCUUUUUACACUGGCCCCACUGUUGGAGGACUCCUAAACGCUACGUUCGGGAACGUGACAGAACUGAUCAUAUCUAUCUUCGCUUUGAAAAACGGGAUGAUACGUGUCGUUCAGCUGACUCUGUUGGGAUCCAUUCUCUCCAACAUGUUGCUUGUGCUUGGCUGCGCUUUCUUCUGCGGUGGGCUUGUGUUUCACCAGAAAGACCAAGUCUUUGACAAGGGACUGGCGGUUGUUAAUUCAGGAUUGCUUUUGAUGGCUGUAAUGGGGAUACUGUUCCCUGCUGUUCUUCACUACACGCAUAGUGAGGUUCAUGCCGGAUCAUCGGAGCUGGCCUUGUCGAGGUUUAGCAGUUGCAUAAUGCUUAUAGCCUAUGCUGCUUACCUUUUCUUCCAGUUGAAGAGCCAGUCUAGUUCUUACAGCCCUCUUGAAGAGGAAACAAAUCAGAACGAGGAAACUUCUGAUGAAGAUGAAGAACCUGAGAUCUCAAAGUUGGAAUCUAUCAUAUGGCUAUCAAUCUUGACUGCUUGGGUCUCUCUUCUCUCUGGCUAUCUGGUUGAUGCCAUAGAGGGUGCAUCGGUGUCUUGGAACAUACCAAUAGCUUUUAUAAGUGUCAUUUUGCUUCCAAUUGUUGGGAACGCAGCGGAGCAUGCAGGGGCUAUCAUGUUUGCCAUGAAAGAUAAACUGGAUUUGUCAUUGGGGGUGGCUAUUGGUUCCUCUAUCCAGAUUUCAAUGUUUGCGGUCCCGUUCUGUGUGGUGAUUGGAUGGGUGAUGGGUGAACAGAUGGACCUUAAUUUCCAGCUUUUUGAGACGGCGAUGCUAUUCAUCACCGUUAUAGUAGUAGCUUUCUUUAUCCAGGAAGGGACAUCGAAUUACUUCAAAGGGUUGAUGCUCAUUCUUUGUUAUUUGAUAGUAGCUGCCAGUUUCUUUGUACACGAAGAUCCUCAACAAGAUGGAGGUAUAUAAGCCCAGUGGAAGAGUCUGGUGUUGAAGGAAGUUGGAUCUUAAUUUAAAAGCUGAUGAUCUUCAGGGACACGAAGUGUUGAGGAGAUAUCUUAUAAUAUAAACCUUGAUUCAAAUUUGGUUCCCACAAACUUGAACCUGUUGGACGUUUUGAAAGUUUUGAAACGGAACAAAGUGAAGGUUUAUAAAUGAAAGACUCUUGAUGAUUUAGAAGGUUACAAGUUUUGUUAAUCUACAAUGAUUGAACAUUUUGUUUCUUUCUUGUGCUAUAUACACCAGAUACAUGGCAUUGCUGUUGAUUUUUUAUUCUCCAUUUUGAGUGACAGUGAAAAUUUGUUUGAAGAUGAGAUGGGGUUUGAAGAGUUA